GCCCCUGGGGAGGCCGCGCUCCCGCUGCUCGCGCCUGCGCCGCCCUCCGUCUCGGGAGCGCGCCCUCCGGCUGGUGCGCGCGCUCGCAGUCUCCGCCACCCACCAGCUCCCACACCGGCAGCAGCACCGCCGCCGCCGCCGCCCACCUUCUGCCGCCGCCACCACAGACACUUGCUCCUCGGCUUUCCUCUGCUGUCCUCGCCCUCUGUCUCCAAUCAGGUGGGCCUUGAACCAGGAUGACUGAGCCCCGCCAGGAGUUCAACAUGAUGGACGAUCAUGCCGGGACCUACGGGCUUGGGGACAGGAAAGAUCUCCCCUCUCAGGGGAGCUACACCCUGCUGCAGGACCACGAGGGCGACGGGGACCACGGCCUGAAAGAGCCUCCCCUGCGGACCCCCACCGGCGACAGAUCUGAAACCGCUGAUGCUAAGAGCACUCCGACAGCCAAAGACGUGACAGCGCCCCUAGUGGAUGAGGGAGGCCCCGACAAGCAAGCAGCCGCUCAGCCCCACAUGGAGAUCCCAGAAGGAACCACAGCUGAAGAAGCAGGCAUCGGAGACACCCCCAAUCUGGAAGACCAAGCGGCUGGACAUGUGACUCAAGGAGGCCUUCGGGAGCCCCUUCAGGAGUGGGGACCAAAGCCAGGGGCCCGGGCUGAGGAGGCCCCGGCGUUCCCGGAGCCCAGCUCCCCUGGGCAUCUGCAGACAGAGGUGGUCCAGGAAGGCGUCCUCAGAGAGCCGAGGCGUCAUGGAGAUGCAGCCACACUGAGGACCCCGGGUCUGACCCGCCAGCACAUGCCCGACGUACCUGGGGCUCCCAUCCUGCCUGAGGGCCCCAGAGAAGCCGUGUACCCGCCCUUGGGGACAGAACCCGAGGACACAGCGGGAAGUCGCCGUGGCGUGGGGCUGUUGGAGCACCAGCCUUUGGGAGGCCUGCGCCAGGAGGGGCCGCCCCUGAAGGGGCAUCAGGGCAAAGAGAGGCUGGGGGGUGAGGAGGUGGAUGAAGACCGCGACAUCGACGAGUCCUCGCCCCAGGACUCCCCUCCCUCCCAGGAUUCUCCUCCCUCCCAGGUCUCCCCAGGUCUGCAGAGCUCCCCAGCCCGAGGCGGGCCAGCCCCCCAGACAGUUUCUAGAGAAGCCACUGGCACCCCCGGUUUCCCAGCUGAGGGUGCCAUACCCCUCCGUGUCGAUUUCCUCCCCAAAGUUUGCACAGAGCCCCAGGCCGCAGAGCCUGAGGGGCCCAGCGCGGGGCCUGUGGAAGGGCAUGACGGGCCCCCCGAGUUCACGUUCCACGUGGAAAUCAAAGCCAACGUGCAGAAGGAGCAGGGAGGCUCCCAGAUGGAUGUGGGAGGGGCUGCCCCUCCGGGGGCCCCUGGAGAGGAUUCAGAGCCCCCGAGCCCCUCUGAGGGAGAGGACUCAAAAAAGACUGACCUUCGAGAACCACCUGAAAAGCAGCCUGCGGCUGGGCUGCCCGGGAAGCCCGCCAGCCGGGUCCCUCAACUCAAAGCUCGCAUGAUCAGCAAAGGCAAAGACGGGGCUGGAACCGACGACAAGAAAACCAAGACAUCCACACCUUCCUCUGCUAAAACCCUGAACAGUAGGCCCUGCCUUAGCCCCAAAGGCCCCCCUCCUGGUAGCUCAGACCCUUUGAUCAAACCCUCCAGCCCUGCCGUGUGCCCAGAGCCAUCCUCCUCUCCUAAACACGUCUCUUCUGUCACGCCCCGAACCGGCGGUUCUGGAGCAAAGGAGAUGAAAGUCAAGGGGGCAGACACUAAGACUGGAACCAAGAUUGCCACACCCCGGGGAGCGGCCCCUCCAGGCCAGAAAGGCCCGGCCAAUGCCACCAGGAUUCCAGCGAAAACCACGCCGUCCCCCAAGACCCCGCCGGCUACCAAGCAAGUGCAGAGAAAACCACCCCCCGCGGGGCCCAAGCCUGAGCGAGGUGAAUCUGGGAAAUCUGGGGAUCGCAGUGGCUACAGCAGCCCCGGGUCCCCGGGCACCCCUGGCAGCCGCUCCCGCACCCCGUCCCUGCCAACCCCGCCCACCCGGGAGCCCAAGAAGGUGGCUGUGGUCCGCACGCCACCCAAGUCGCCGUCUUCAGCCAAGAGCCGCCUGCAGACUGCCCCCGUGCCCAUGCCCGACCUGAAGAACGUCAGGUCCAAGAUCGGCUCCACCGAAAACCUGAAGCACCAGCCAGGAGGCGGGAAGGUGCAGAUAAUUAAUAAGAAGCUGGAUCUUAGCAACGUCCAGUCCAAGUGUGGCUCAAAGGAUAAUAUCAAACAUGUGCCCGGAGGCGGCAGUGUGCAAAUAGUCUACAAACCCGUGGACCUGAGCAAGGUGACCUCCAAGUGCGGCUCAUUAGGCAACAUCCAUCACAAGCCAGGCGGCGGCCAGGUGGAAGUCAAAUCCGAGAAGCUGGACUUCAAGGACAGGGUCCAGUCGAAGAUUGGGUCUCUGGAUAAUAUCACCCACGUCCCUGGGGGAGGGAAUAAAAAGAUCGAAACCCACAAGCUGACCUUCCGUGAGAACGCCAAAGCCAAGACGGACCACGGGGCGGAGAUCGUGUACAAGUCGCCCGUGGUGUCCGGGGACACGUCUCCGCGGCACCUCAGCAACGUGUCCUCCACCGGCAGCAUCGACAUGGUAGACUCGCCCCAGCUCGCCACGCUAGCUGACGAAGUGUCCGCCUCCCUGGCCAAGCAGGGCUUGUGAUCAGGCCCCCGGGGCGGCCAAUCAUCGUGGAGAGAAGAGAGUGAGAGAGUGUGGAAAAAAAAGAGUAAUGACCUGGCCCCUCGCCCUCUGCCCCCAGCUGCUCCUCACAGAUCGGGUAAUCGGUUAGUCACUUAACCUGCUUUUGUCGCUCGGCUCUGGCUCGGGACUUCAAAAUCAGUGAUGGGAAUAAGAGCCAGUUCCAUCUUUCCAAAUUGAUGGGUGGGCUAAGAAUAAUAAAUGUUUUUAAAAACACGUUAA